UCCCCGGGUGAGUUUCGCUGCAACACUCGCUGUGGUUCAUACUUCAGACAGCACAGCACAGCACAGACUACAGCCACACACAGGAAGCAGCUCCGCCAGCACAUACACUCUCAUUCCGGUUCAUUUUACCGAUGUGACAACAGGAGGGAGCUGAACUGCAGGGUGGCGCAGUUGGUGUUCAAACGGAGGAUCUAUACAGCCGGACAUGGAUUACUGGAUACAUUGGAUUUAGUUAAGACGCGGCACAACACUGCGCCUCUCUCCGUGUCUCCUCCCCGGUGAAAACAGGUGGAUCCUGUUUCUGUGUUCAGCUCUACCUCCUCUCAUCCACCUGUCACCUUUCAUGGGGAACCAGGUGGAGAAACUAACGCAUUUAAAUUACGCAGAGGUGCCAACAUCGGACCCAAAUGGGUUCGAACCGGACGACAACGGACCGAGGAUCGGCGUCUCUUACAUUUUCUCCAACGAUGACGACGACCAGGACGAGAAUCUGGACCGCUUUUCAUCGGAGAAAAACAUGGUGAACCACGAGGAGAAGCCCUUCGACCCCGGAGACCAGCUGGAGUGCUCGAUCUUCUACCGGGAGGAGUGCGUGUACGAGACAAACACCGGAGCCGAGACCCACUCCGCGGAAAGUCUCCUGAACAAGUGCAGACCCGGAGACCUGCUGGAGUUUUUGAACACCGGACAGUAUCCCCAAUGGGCUGUGUACGUCGGGGACUUCCAGGUGGUUCAUCUGCACCGGGCGGAGAUCAAGAACAACUUUCUCACCGAUGUGAGCCAAGGCAAAAAAGGCAGGAUAGUGAACGGCCUCUACAGGUACUCUGCGCUCCCGCCGGAGGUGAUCGUGCGUAACGCCCUGGACCAUGUUGGGUCCAGAGACAGAGAGCUGUACUGGAGGAACUCUGAGUGCUUUGCCGCCUGGUGCCGCUUUGGCAAACGGGAGUUUAAAAUCGGAGGGGAGAUAAGGAUAGGAAAGCAGCCGUACAGGUUAAAGUUACUAUUUUCGGAGAAGAAGAAUCACGUCCUGGAGUUUCAGAGCUUGGAGGACGUGAUCAUGGAAAAGAGGAGGAACGAUCAGAUUGGCAAAGAUGCUGUGAUGCAAGAGCUGGCCAACCACUUGAACACAACAAAUGAAAUCAAAGAGGACUAUUUUGCCAACUGACAGUGGAAAAUGCAAACUUUUCACGCUGGAAAACAAAGCUGUCAGUCCAAUAAGAGCUAUGUCUGGGGGCUUGGGCGCAUGUGCCACUCAAGCACAUCCUCAGAGGGUGUUACAAUUAAUAAUUUCCCCCUGAAAUCAGGGUUGAUCCUUGUUUCAUGCUCAAGUGCAUU